GCGUAGCCGUGGUGUAGCAGACAAUGGAGGAUCCAGGGAGCAGCAAGCUGGAUGCAUACUCGGCAAAAAUUCGACGGACGUACCAGUACUGGUUAGAUCGAUCAGUGAUCUACACCAUGUGGCGAUGGGGGUUGUUCUUGGUAUCGGUGGGCCUGUUCCUCUUGAGGAUAUACCUGAUGAAGGGCUGGUUCAUCGUCACGUACGGGCUGGGGAUCUUUCUCCUCAACAACUUGAUUGGCUUCCUCUCCCCCCAGAUUGAUCCGGAGUCGGAGGGGCCGGGACUUCCGACGUCAGGGUCGGAUGAAUUCAGGCCAUUCAGCCGACGCCUGCCGGAGUUCCAGUUCUGGCUGUCCUCGCAGAAGGGGCUGCUGAUGGCGUUCGCCAUGACGUUUUUUAGCCUUUUCGACAUCCCCGUCUUCUGGCCGAUACUCCUCAUCUACUUCAUGGUCCUCAUGUUCUUGACAAUGAAGCGGCAGGUGAAGCAUAUGAUCAAGCACAAGUACGUUCCGUGGAACUGGGGCAAGGCCACCUACAAAGGGGGCGCCUCUAUUGGGACAGGGGGUGGAAAACCGUUCAAGAACAACAAGUGAUAGCGUAGCAUCGGCGGGACGGGUUUGUUGGUGUGGGGAGAGGUAGAGAGGUGUAUGAAGGUACGCAGCGGUUGCAUGUCCUCGUUACAGGUUCAUCCCAAUGUUGUUCCGAUCACGUUGCAGGGAUCUGGACGGCAUAUUCUAAGAGAUCGACUACCCCGCCGCGGUUGGUUUUGCUGCUGUGUUUCGUUCGACGCGCGUGAAGCGCUCUUCUUGUAUGGGCUGGUUGGCAGAGGUGAUUGUGUUUGGAGGGAGUGGGGUGGCAUCGUGCGUGGCGGUCGCACGUUGCGUGCAGUCUACGCCGUAACCCCUCUCGCCCUCCACGAUGAAGCCGAGUCGGAGCACGGCACUGCCCCGAUGCCCAACAAGAGGGUAAAUUGGGAGUGAGGUGCCCAUGCACAAGCUCCGCGUUUCGGCGUUCUGUUCCUCCGCAAGGCUUGCAGGUCGUUGUUUGUGCACCCCCCCCUCCUCUCUCUGCAACCAUGCAUGUACAAGAAGUUUUUGGACUGACUCGAGUCGCAUGGACUCACAAGGAGGGAAUUCCAUUCCAGCCGUUAGUCAAGGUGGGGUGCUGAAUUGCCGAACACGGGUUGUUUGCCGAACUGACGAGAAAAAUGACAGAGCGGGAUUUCGUAGUUGGUUCCAGGCGCCUCGAGUUGUAUCGCUGUUCAGCAGCACCAAAGAAGCUGGUGAUUGGAUUGCUGACGUUCCAGCGGAAAGGCGGGCACCACCACGGAGAGAUGCAAGAAGAGGCGCCGCUAGCAAGCAUGUUGUCGAGCCCCGGUUGGGUAGACUGAAUUUGAAAGCGUUCCCCCUCUUCAUCUUUGUGGAGUCCUUUCGGGGGCGGAAGCGGCAUCACCGGUUUGUAUAUCACCGCAAUCUUGCCGCUUUCGGAUUGCGUUAUUCGGAUUUUUUCCCGCGGGGAUAGUGAAAGAAACGGCCACCAGGGCAGUUGACACAUGCCGAGGCUGCAAGCGAUACGCCGAAAGCGUUUCAUGGCUUUGUGGGAUUUCGACUGUGGUUGUUGGAAAGGCGAUGCGCUCUAACCUAUUUAUUUGCAGCGGUUUUGAGUCGGGGGUUGCAGCCGCCGUGAAAGCGCUGUGUGCUACUACAAGCAGUGUGUGUCGCUGUGUCUCAGGUGUAGGUCAAAUGUGCCAGUAGGAGCGCCCGUGUUGGGUUUUCAUUUGUUAUACUUGAAUCUAGUCGUCUUGUUUCGUCUCAAUUGCGCUCAUCAUGCGUCGCCUUGGGCGACAAGCAUUUCAGCGUUCGAGCCGCUACAUACCCGGAAGUACACGAUGGUGUCGAGACAUGCUCGGGAUCUGUACGUAUUAGUUUGAUGUCGACCAUCUCCGGGCGGUUCAGGUGCCGGGGGUCAACAAGUCGCACUACUAGGCGAUGGUGUCGGGAAUGUUGCUCGUCACGAGGGACAUCUCUGGUCGGUCCCGUAGAUUGGGAAUGGAUUCGAAAAGUCGUUGUGCUGGCCAGAAGAUUUUCUACCGCCCUACAGGUGUAAGAUGGCCUACUCGAAUUUUUCUAGCUGGUCUGUCUGUUAGAUGCCUUUGAACCGCCGGGACGAUUAGCUCCGAGUCAGAAGACUCGUUCGUGUCGAGUGCUAGGCUGAGGUUCCCCUGUGGACAACAAGCUACACCAUCCAGGCGUCCCCUCCCUCAUAG